AUGAAUGGAUACACUGACUACGCCCCCAGCCCCAGUGACCCUUCCAAGGAGACUGUGGAGCCCUGGCCCAGACAAGCCCCCCUCCAGGAGGACGUGGACAUGAGCAAUGGCACAAGCGGGAAUGAAACCAACGAGAACGGCUCGACGGGGCGGGACUCACGGGGCAGCAACUGUGACGACAGCGGCCGGGAGCUGGGGAUGCUGGUGGGGCCGCCCGGCACCUGCCAGGGUCCAGGUACAUUUAGUGUGAUGAUGGUGAAGUCUGAAGACCACCCGUCCACAAGUGGCUGCAGCAGCGAGCAGUCCACCAAAGUGGACGCCCACAAAGAGCUGAUCAAAACGCUGAAGGAGCUGAAGGUCCACCUCCCUGCGGACAAGAGGGCCAAGGGGAAGGCCAGCACCUUGUUGACCCUCAAGUACGCCCUGAGGAGCGUGAAGCAGGUGAAAGCCAAUGAGGAGUACUACCAGCUGCUGAUGUCCAGUGAGGACCACCCCUGCAGCGCCCAUGUACCCUCCUACACGGUGGAGGAAAUCGAGAGCAUCACCUCCGAGUUCAUCGUGAAGAACACGGACAUGUUUGCCGCGGCCGUGUCCCUGGUGACCGGGAAAAUCCUGUACAUCUCUGACCAAGUGGUCUCCAUCUUCCACUGUAAGCGGGGCACCUUCCGCGACACCAAGUUCGUGGAGUUCCUGGCGCCCCAUGACGUGGGUGUGUUCCACAGCUGCACCACGCCAUGCAAGCUGCCGCGCUGGGGUGUCCGCCGCCGAGCAGACUCUUUUACUCAAGAAUGCACGGAGGAGAAAUCUUUCUUUUGCCGCGUCAGUGUCGGCAAAAACCACGAGAGCGAAAUCCGCUACCACCCGUUCCGCAUGACGCCCUACCUGGCCCAGGUGCGCGACCAGCAGGGCACCGAGAGCCAGUUGUGCUGCGUGCUGCUGGCAGAGAGGGUGCACUCGGGCUACGAAGCCCCUAGAAUCCCUCCUGAAAAGAGAAUUUUUACGACCACACAUUCGCCAAAUUGUUUGUUCCAGGACGUGGACGAAAGGGCGGUCCCCCUCCUGGGCCACCUGCCCCAGGACCUGAUCGAGACCCCUGUGCUCGUGCAGCUGCACCCCAGCGACAGGCCCCUGAUGCUUGCCAUCCACAAAAAGAUCGUGCAGUCUGGCGGGCAGCCUUUCGACUAUUCCCCCAUCCGGUUCCGUGCCCGGAAUGGGGAGUACGUCACACUGGACACCAGCUGGUCCAGCUUCAUCAACCCGUGGAGCAGGCAGAUCUCCUUCGUCAUCGGGAGACACAGAGUCAGGGUGGGGCCUUUGAAUGAGGACGUGUUCUCGGCUCAGCCGCGUGUGGAGGAGCAGGCCCUGCAGCCCGGCCCCCAGGAGCUCACGGAGCAGAUCCACCGGCUGCUGCUGCAGCCUGUGCCACACAGCAGCUCCAGCGGCUACGGGAGCCUGGGCAGCAGCGGGUCCCACGAACACCUCCUGAGCCAGACCUCCUCCAGCGAAUGCACCGGCCAGGAGGACCCCUGCCGGAGGAGAGCCGAGAUUUGUAAAAACGGUAAGAAGGUCAAAAGCAAAAGUGCUUAUCCGGAUGAAUCUGAAGAACAAAAGAACAAGUCUGCUGCAGAAAUGCAGAGCAGUUCCCCGGCUCAGAUGAAAGCUGUUGCAGCCACGGAAAAGGACAGCUCCAGGGCCAGCCUGCCCAAGGCCGGCCUUCCUGAGGAGCGGACCUUCAAGAACCCGCUCGCGGGCUCCUACCAGCAGAUCAGCUGCCUGGACAGUGUCGUCAGGUACCUGGAGAGCUGCAGCGAGGCCACCACCCUGAAGAGGAAGUGUGAGUUCCCGGCACACCUCCCCACGCCGAAGGCCAGUGACAGGCGCAAGGCCACCGCCGGCCCCGGGCCACAUGCCGCAGAGACCACAUCACUCUCCAAGGUGAACAGCCACACGGACGUCAACACGCACUUGACCUCGCUGACGCUGCCCAGCAAGGCACAGAGCGUGGUGUCCCUCACCAGCCAGUGCAGCUACAGCAGCACCAUCGUUCACGUGGGCGACAAGAAGCCACAGCCUGAGCUCGAGACGGUGGGAGAUGCUGCCAGUGGGCCCGAGUCUCUGGACUGCCUGGCGGGCUCCGUGCUGCCCUGCGGCCUUGGCCAGGAGCAGGGGCCCUUCCGGAAGCUGGGCCUCACCAAGGAAGUGCUGGCCGCCCACACCCAGAGGGAGGAGCAGAGCUUCCUGCUAAAGUUCAGAGAAAUAAGAAAGCUCAGUGUCUUCCAGUCUCGCUGCCAUUAUUACUCGCAAGACAGAUCCAAGGGGCAGUCGAGUGAAAGAGCUGCUCCCGGACUAAGAAAUACCUCUGGAAUAGAUUCAUCUUGGAAAAAAACGGGGAAGAACAGAAAACUUAAGUCCAAACGGGUCAAGCCUCGAGACUCCUCAGGGAGCCCUGGGUCCGAGGGGCCCCCGCCCCAGCGGCUGUCACUGGUGGGCCUGAAUGCCACCGCCUGGUCACCGUCGGACACAUCCCAGUCCAGCUGCCCCGUGAUGCCCUUCCCCGCCCCGGUGCCCACUUAUUCCCUGCCCGUGUAUCCAGCCCCAGGGAUAGUGCCAGCUCCAGGGACCGUGGCAGCGGCACCCGGAGCUCCCCACGCCGGCCUCGCGCUGCCCGUGGACACCCAGCGCGAGUUUGCGGUCCAGCCCCCACCGUCUGCCGGCCCCUUGGCCCCGGUCAUGGCCCUGGCCUUACCCAGCCGCCCCUUCCCCCCGGUGACCCCGAGCCUGCCCCCCGCUUUCUUCCCCGGCCAGCCGAACUUGCCGUCCGAGGUGAUUCCUGCCUCGCAGCCUGAGUUCCCUGGUCGGACCUCAUCCCCCAAACAGCCGCACACGUGUCCCCCGGCAGAGCGCGGGCCGCCCGUGUCACACGUGGCCACCCAGGCCGCCCUGCCCUCAGCCGCGGGGUCCGCAGCCCCCCCCCUCUUCCAGUCCCGCGGGAGCUCGCCGCUGCAGCUCAGCCUGCUGCAGCUGGAGGAGGCCCCUGAGGGCGGCUCUGCGGCCGCAGGGACCAUGGGGCCCACAGAGACCGUGCGAGCGGGGCCCGACUGCCAGCCAGGCUCAUCCUGGGACCGGCGGCCCGAGGCACCGCCAACCUGCGACAAGCCCAAGGACGCCCAGAGCAGCGAUGCCCUGUGCACGCCCAGUGGCCUGCUGCACCUCCUGCUGCGUGAGGACCUCUGCUCGGCCACGGGCUCAGCCCCGUCCGGGAGUGGGGCCUCCACCACCUCCUGCUCCCUGGGCUCCGGCUCGCUGGGCUGCGACGCAUCCAUAAGUGGGACCGGCAGCAGCAACACAAGUCACACCAGCAAGUAUUUUGGAAACAUCGACUCCUCAGAGAAUAACCACAGAGCAAAAGUGAAGGUGGACAUGGCGGAGAGUGAGCGCCUCAAGGACGUCCUCCAGGACCCCGUCUGGCUGCUCGGGGCCGACACGGACGACAGCGUCAUGAUGGCAUACCAGAUGCCUUCGCGAAAUUUAGAAAUGGUCCUGCAGGAGGACAGGGAGAAGCUGAAGGUGCUGCAGAGGCUCCAGCCCAGGUUCACAGACAGGCAGAGGCAGGAGCUGCAGGACGUCCACCCGUGGAUGCUGUCUGGCGGCCUGCCCGCGGCCUUCGACGUGGCGGAAUGCGUUUGCUGUGAAAACAAGGGAAAAGACAACAUUUGCGUGCGGUAUGAGGAAGCUACCCCUACUCUGGGACUCGGCGGAACAACCGACACCACAGAAGAGGAAAACGGACCCUCCCUGAGUCACAGACACGAAGGGCAGACGUAA